CAACACUAUCAAGAUGCGCGCUUCCACCUUCUUCGCCGCUCCCCUCGUGGCCAUGGCCGCUGCUCAGAGUGCCUCUACCAACGAGACCUCCGUCCUCAGCACCAUCCCCAUCUCCUCCAGCGUCCCUUACACCAACGGUUUCACCUCUUUCCUCACCCAGACAAACUCGCUUGGUGUCGUGACCGGUCAGCCUCUGCCCGCAACCUCCGUCGGUGUCGCUGCAACCAACGCUGCUGUCUCAUCCAUCGCUGUCCAGCUCAUCCCCGCUGGUAUCGCACCCGGCACCGUCACCACCCUCAUCUACGGCAACGUGACCGCCGGUAACGCCACCUCCAUCGUCGUCACCAUUGGCACUUCCACCACUCAGGUCCUGAGUGCCGCCGUCGUCGCAGCCACUGGUUCAGGCUCUUCCGCCAGCGGAUCAGGCGCCGCCGCCUCAGGCUCAUCAGGUUCUUCCGCCUCUGGCUCCAGCGGAUCCUCAUCUCGUGGUUCCUCCAGUACUGCUUCUCGCUCUUCGGGCUCCAGCGCUUCUGCUUCUGGCUCCGGUGCCGCUGCUUCUUCUACCGGAGCUGCUGGUAAUGUCAAGGUUGGCGCUGGCGCUCUCAUCGCCGCCGGUGCUUUCUUUGCCGCUUUCAUGUAAAGUGGUGGGUUGCUUGACUGAUUGUAACAAACACUUUUUUUCCUUUUUCUUCUUCUUUUCACGCCGACAAUAAAGUUACGUUAACGUUAAUGCUGGGAAUACGGUAUGGGAUGGGAUGCAUGGGAGUUUUUGCUUUCCAAAAAUGUAAUCACACAAGAGAAAAGGGCAUAGCAGCUUGCAUGCAUGCAUUUGGGAGUCAAGAUUAUUAGUUGGGGGGUUUAUGAUAUGCUAUGGCAGUCCUUCUGUGACUGGUAUGGCAGACAGGGUCUGUAGUAAACAAAAGAAAAAUAACUACUCUUUCAAACUUC